AUCCCUUGUGCUCUCUCUCUCUACAAAAUUACAAUUAACAAACGCAUUUGGUAAGGAUCUUGUAGAUAGAAGAAGAGAGAAAUUAUCCAUCUCUCUUGGCAUCUCAUGCCUUCUUCUGUGUCUGCGUUUGUUUUAUUGAUUUCAUGUAUUGUUUUAUCGAUGGUUGGAUCUCUGCAGGGCUUUCAUUUUCUAUACAAGUCAUUCCUAUGAUAAUGACUCCAGCAACAGCAUAUUAGGUGAAAUUUGGACCAGCUCCUGCAUUGUUCCUCAUAAUAAACCAGGUGAAAGAAUUGAAAAUUGAUGGAGCUGACUAUUGGUGCAACCUUUGCAGUUUCGACGUCAACGAUAAAAGAUUAAAAGGAUUAAUCCAGACAACUCUCACAAAAGGAGGAAUUCAUGUACAACGUUUGGCAUCAACUCAACCCCUUAAUAAGUCGUCCACUCUCAAACAAAAAAUCAGAGUUGCAUCCAAUCUCUAAGAGCCACACUGAAUUUCCUGAUCGGUUUCAAUCUUUCACUACCGCCACCAAGGAAAAGAAUCCCAGAACAAAACAAUGCCAAUAUGUUUUUUCAAGUAAACAUGAAGAAGACCGUAGCCAUUACAACCCCAUCAAAAUCACUCAUCUUUAAAUCAUUCUUUCUAUCCCUCUCCAUCGUACUCUUGUUCUUUCUUUCCAUCCAGCGGCAUCGUAACCACCAGAUUAUCACUUAUCCGCCUCCGACGGCUCCAUCAUCGAGCGGUGACCUCCGAAUUCGUCCUGGGUAUACCUCCUAUAGUGCAUACAUACAACACCAGCUCCACAAGACGUUAAAUCCCAGGUUGAGAAAAAUAUGGACCACCAGAGAUUGGGAUCGCAAGAUUGAUGUAUUCAGUAAUUUUUUCCAAGAUCUGAAACGCAAGAAACUGCUUAGGAACAACUCGAAAGCGUUGUGCAUCGGUGCUCGAAUGGGGCAGGAGGUGGCGGCGUUGAAGCGAGUUGGGGUGUUGGAUGCAGUGGGCAUCGAUUUAGUUCCAAGCCCACCGUUGGUGAUGGAGGGAGACUUUCACAGUCAGCCGUUCGAGAAUCAGACCUUCGAUUUUGAGUUCUCCAAUGUGUUCGACCAUGCAUUGUAUCCGUGGAAGUUCGUGGGGGAGAUCGAACGGACAUUGAGGCCUGGUGGGGUCUGCGUAUUACACGUGGCGCUGACAAGACGGGGAGAUAAAUAUUCGGCAAACGACCUAUACAGUGUGGGGCCGUUGAUGGCGAUGUUUCGGGAGUCGGAGUUGGUUCACAUCCGGGAGGUUGAUGGGUUUGGUCUGGACACGGAGUUGGUUUUCAGAAAAAAGAAGGAAUCAGCGGUCAUGAUAAAAAUUAAAGAGUAG